AUGGCAGAACCCCCCUCCGCUGGGCUGAGCCCAGGGAAGCAGCCGCGGGGCAAUGGGAAACAAGGGGCCCACAAAGCCGGAGAAACCGGUCCCGUUGCCGGUGCAGAGCAGAGGCAGGUUGGGAUCGGCCGGCACUCGCCUCCCGCCUUGGCUCUCCUGCCCCGGCACCCGUUUGUGGGCGCUCCCGUCGCCUCCAGGCUCCUGUCCUGGCUGGAGGUGACAUCCCAGCCCUCUGAGUCCCACAGGGAAUUAAUUCCCAGCCAGCAGGAGGGAUUAGCCCGCGUGGCACACAGGCGUAUUAGGAGGCGCAGCUUCCGCGUGCCGCUCAGCUGGAACGGCCCCUUCAAGCCCAGCAGCGCCAAGUACCCCCUGAUCAUCUUCUCCCACAGCCUGGGCACGUUCCGCACCGUGUACUCGGCCGUGUGCGCGGAGCUGGCGUCCCGCGGCUUCGUGGUGGCGGCGCUGGAGCACAGGGAUCAUUCCGCCUCCGCCACCUAUUUCUGCGCUGGGGAGGCCGGCGAGGAGCUGCGGGAGGAGUGGAUCCCCUACGAACCAGUGCCCCCUGGACAGAAGGAAUUUUAUUUCCGGAAUAAGCAGCUUCACCAGCGAGCGGACGAAUGCGUGCGGGCGCUGCGGCUCUUCGAGGACGUCAGCCGCGGGCGGGCGGCCCCGAACGUCCUGCCCGGCGGCUUCGACCUGUCCGUGCUGCAGGACAGCGUCGACGUGAGCAAAGCGGCUGUCAUGGGACACUCAUUCGGCGCGGUGACGGCGGUGCUGGCCACGGUGAAGGAGCCGCGUUUCGGGUCCCGUCCGCGCCGGCCGGCCUCUCCACAGCCCUCCCUUCCCCUCCUCAGCGGAUCCGUGCACCAGAGCCAGUCUGACAUCACCUUCCUGACCGGGAGGUUCGUCAACCGCAUCCUCACCACGAGGGGCACCCUCGACCCGCACAAGGCCUUGGACAUCACGUGCCAGGCGGCGCUGGCCUUCCUGCAGAGGCACCUCGACCUGAACGAGGACUUUGAUCAGUGGGACCAGCUCCUCGAGGGCAUCGGUGACUCGGUCGUGGCAGACGCUCCUUUGCCCCGCUCCAACCUCUAGCC